CCCUUCCCUGGGUGCAAGGGAUCAGGGUGGGCCAGGCGCGCGCCCUGUGGUCGGUUGUUACCGCCCUGGGCGCAAAGGCCCACCUUUCCCUUUCAGCACAAAUGUCUGUUUGUAUUGGGGCAGUGCUGUUGUCUGGAGAGUUUACUGGCUUCUUCCAAAGAGGUCUAGGAGACUCGGAAUUUACAACUUUCUCAGGCAAAUAGAUUCUCACCUUACAGCCUGCCUCCUCAAAGCCAAGCCACCCAGUAAGCCAAGCUCCAACAGUCUCAGCAGGGUAUUUGUUCAGCAGCUGGAUCUCUGCCAGUCAGACGCUGUUUUCCAUUGGUUGAUUCCCAUCACUUUGUGUAUGUUUCCUGAGGCAUCCAGAUCCUCCUUGAGAGCAAAGCGCAUUCACAUCAAGCAGACACGGCACACGACACAGGCCUGGACUCUAAGAUGAUGAGAAUAUGAGGGGAUAACGGAUCUUGCAGCACCACCGAAGGUACUGAAUUUUUCACAUGUAGUUUGGAAGCUAAAUCAGUCACAAAAAUGAAACGGGCAAAGCAUCUAUCAACCACCAGUAAGAAAUUGACAAGUGUUCCAGAAUUACCUUUUAAAAAAGGACUACUUAAUUCAUCACCUAAGCUGAAAGAAAAACGUAAUACCAAGCCACUACAUGAUAAAACUGAACCAAUGGUCCUAAGGUCUCCACCCACAGGAGAAUCAAUUGUACGGUAUGCCUUGCCGAUACCAUCAAGUAAGACCAAGGACUUAAUAGCUGAAGAUGAAAUGGUCAGGAGGAUUGCCAAACACCUGAAGACGGUGGUAACUGCUUUGGAAGACACAUAUGGAGCUGUCGAUGAAGACGGGGAAAGAACAUCCAUGAGACCUAAAGCGGAAGGCGUGUCUUUAUCUGUUGGCGAUGAUAUGAAUUCAUUCUUGUUGUGCUGCUCACAAUUUGCAGCUCAGUUGGAGGAAGCAGUUAAGGAAGAACGUAACAUCUUGGAGUCUCUUUUCAAGUGGUUUCAGCAACAAGUCAACCAAAUGGAGGAGAUAGGUAAAGACCAAAGCAUUUUAGAAGCAGAUCUUCCAUCAGAUGACAAAUCGGUCCAUUUAAAUAUUGUACAAAUAGCAAAUCUGGUACAUAAAUUUGAAGAUCUGAAAAGCCGCCUAAGAGAGCACAAGGGAUCCCUGGUGUCCAAAUACGUUGAUAAAGAGACUCCAUCAGUCCCAGUGAAAACUUAUGAAGGUGUAGAGAAGCAAAUUGAAGACUUCAUAAAAUCCCACUCAACUUUUGAAUCUCAAGUUGAUUCUGAAACUGAGCCAGAAGCUCCUUAUUCAGUGACUGAUCGGAUGAAUGUGAUGAUGAACAUAUUUAAAAAUCAGACAAAUAUGUUAGAGAGAGCUUUAAAUGAUCAGAGUAUAAUUGAGACUAAAUAUAAACAGAUGGAAGCUGAUUUUCAAAUAUUAUUAUUGGAGAAAACCCUACUAGAAGGUGAAAUACGGAAGUUGAGGGAGUCAGAGAAAGCAAAGCCUGCGAGCAAAGAAGAUCGAAGCAAGAAACCUGCAAAACCAGAGAAGAAAAAAGAUAAAGAUUCAGAAAGGAAGACAUCUCCAAGCAGAGAAGUUGAACUGCUUCAAAUCCAAAAAGAAGCAGAAGCGCUGAAGAUGGAGAAGAAAGCCCUCCAAGAACAACUGAAGUGGGCUUUGCAGGAAGCUGAAAGAAACAAGACUCAACUCGACUACGUCCUACAUCAAGAGAUGGAGGCGUUUAAAGAAGAGAAGAAUAAAACAAAAUUGGAACGGGCUUCCAGUAAAUCAAAGGUCAAGGGUGAGACUUCCAAACAGUCUCAUUCAGCGGAGAAGGUCGCACAGCCGAGUGAACAAAAGCAGGACUCUGGCAAGAUCUCACCUGAAAAAGGCGAAAGCUUGGAGAAGAGACGAUCUAUCUCUGCUGAUUUAGAUCCUUCAGCUUUAGAGGGUUUCUAUGGUGUCUCAGAUGUUUCAGCCUUCCCACAAGAGGUCUUUAAGUCAUUUACAGCACUGCCAUUCAUUGAAGAGAGGCUAGAGUCGAGCUCGCCCCUGCCAAAGGAGAUGGAGAUGUGGUCCCUGGUGUCAUUUCCUGAUCUCGCCAAAGAAAUUGAAAAGGCUGAAGCAUCAGAACAAAUCCUAUUUCAUACAGACGAAGAAAACUCUGAAGCUCCUUAUGAAGGAUUAGAUGAAAGUUAUGCACAAGAAGAUAAAGAUCUGCUACCAGAAGACGAAGCAUCUAGAGCAAAGCAACUCUCUGACCGGGGGAGACGCAAACCACUCUUUAUCACUGCAAAAAGACCUGAAUUUUUGAGUUUACUUUCAAGAACACAAUCUGAAAUUGAGAAUCUUGAAGCCGUCAAAUAUGAGAACGUGACUAAUGAAUAUGAAGAGAAGUCUGCCAAAGAAGACUCAAAAACAGAAAUAAAAUCAAAGGGACAGAAAGGUUCUAAGACUGGGAAACUGCAUACUCAUGCGGAAGAGUCAGAAGAAACACCAAAAGCCAAAGCUUCAGCAAAGAAACGGGACACUGCCAAAAGAAAAGGACUUGCUCCUCCUGAUGCAGAUGCUGAAGGAUCAAUCAGUCCAGGGAGUCAAGCCUCAUCAACAAAAUCAGACACACAAACAAAGAAACACAGACUUCACAAGAGAGAAAGACCCAUUCUUCCUAACGGAAUGCCAGACAAAAGUUUUGAACCUCAAGACGCAGUGUUAAAAUCUGAAAGCCAGGCAAAGAAGCUGAAAUUUUCCAAAACAGACGUUAUUAGCAGUGAAGUAUCAGAUAGAAAUAUGAGACCGGAAGAUCAAAAUGUACAGUCAAGCUCCCAAAUCCAGCUAAAGAAGCAAAGAUCAUUGGGAGGGGAAAUACUUACUAUUCAUUUUGCAGCGCCAGAUGAAAGCUAUGCUCAUUUGCAUUCAGAGUUGUCGUCAGAAUCCCAGGCACAAUUAGAGAGAGGAACAACUUCUGAAGAUGCGAGACUCAGUAGAAUUCCUUCUGAAUACCAGAAAAAAGAUUUAUCAGUGGACAAUCUAUUGCCUGAGAAGAAACCUCUUAUUAUAACCAGAAACGUGUCUCAGAACAAGAAAUCUGGCUUUUUUCGGGAUGAUAACGCAGAGAAUGAAAAUGUGAUGAAAAUCUUCCUAGAUGAAGACCUAGAAUCAGAAAGCAGGGAUCCAAAAGCUAAGGAUAAAACAGUCAUAGAAGUUCAGGAGAUACUCGAACGUCAGAAAACACUGAACCCAAUAAUUAGCGACCUCAUAUUUCGCUUGGAUAUGGACAAUGUGGUUGAGAAUAAGCUAGAUAACUUGAGGAACAUGUUUGGACAACAUUUAUUAAGAAGCGAAUUCAAGCCACAGUCAAAGAGUGGAUCUGAGAUCGGCAAAGAUAGAAAAGGGACCUCUGCCAAGUCCAAAUCAACAGCGAAAACAGAUGCAACAAGUAAGGAACUAACUAUUAUUAAAGGAACAAAACUUCUUGAACAACUAAAAGAUGAACAUGAUGUGGGCUUAUUGAAAAUCAAACCUCAAGAAAACAUUACCACCAAGUACCAGCCACCAAAGAAAUUUCCAACAAAAGUGAUCAAUCUGUCACCCUUCUUGACCAGUCAAGAAGAAAACGUGGAAAGCUCUUCAUAUACAGAUGAAAUCCAAAAACCACUUUAUAGGACAUCUAGGGGAAGUUCAGGCAUCCCUGCAACCUUUCAGCAGAUGAUAAACAGCAGAAAGAUUGCAGGGGAUCUGAGACCAAAAAGUGUAUCCAAGGAACAAACUGAACUUGAAAACCAGCUGCGUAUUUCAAUCACAUCUUCAAAAAAAUAUGUACAUAAAGGGCAAUCUAAACAUCGAAAGUUAAGGAAAAAAGGUGCUGAGUCUCAAAGUAGCAUACAUCCUUCAGCAUCUUCUAUCAAAAAGCAGAAACUUAAAGGUAAAGGAGUCACUUUUACCCAGCCUAAACCUGUAAAGUUAGUUGAAAAACGUAUUAAACUUCCAAAUAAUCUGAAGAUGCCUGCCUCUACUCCAAAAAUCAAAGUCAUUAAAGAGCUGUCUAAAACUUCUCAUUUAGAAGGUGAAGAUGUUCAACUUUCAAAUAAUCCGUCCAAGUCAAAGUCUGCUAUAAAGAAAUUUCUGACUGAAGAGCCACCAAAACCUGUAAACUUAAAUGACCAAGAUGCCAUAAUUCUAUAUAAUCUGCGUGGUUUGACCUAUGCUACAAACAAAGACCUCAGUAAAGGUAAACUGAUAGACUUCCUUCAUCCUUCACACCUUCUCUUUCCUGCAUGCUCUAAAAGAAGAAUGUGCUGUAAUGUAUUCAACAACGUUUUCUUACAAUGCCCUAGCUGUCGAGAUCUUCUUAUUUCUAUGGUGAUGUUGCUCAACAUUCAAGUAUUAUGAGCAUGUCUGCUCCAAGGAAAUCUGAGACUAAAGAGACAUUUAAACUUACAAAUUUAGACGAGAAAGACGAUGGAGCUGCAGAUAAUCUGCAGAUGUCAAAUUUGGCUGCUACACUGAGUGCCCUAAAAG